GCAGAAAGAUUUAAUCGAACUCUUCUUUCAAUGCUCAGAAACCUGACAGAGAAAGAAAAGUCAGAUUGGAAGAGUUCCCUGCCCAAAGUGGUGCAUGCGUAUAAUUGUACGCGUAGCGAAGCAACAGGAUAUGCACCUUACUAUCUUCUYUAUGGCAGGAGUCCUCGGCUGCCAGUGGACAUGAUGUUUGGGUUAACUCCAACUGAUCAGAGCACCUCYCACAGUGAUUAUGCCAGUAAGUGGAGAAAAAGGAUGCAAGAAGCUUACAAGUUGGCAUCUGAGACAGCACAUAAGGAGCGGAACAGAGCAAAGAUSGAGUACGACCGGAAAAUUCAUGGAGUGGAACUGCAGCCAGGAUCUAGGGUCUUAGUGCGAAAUUUCAAGGAGCGAGGAGGACCAGGRAAACUCAGGUCRUACUGGGAAGACAAGGUCUAUGUAGUCACUGAAAGGAAACACAAGGACAGUCCUGUUUAUGCAGUACAUCCAGAGAAAGGCACAGGGAAGGUCAGAGUUUUGCACCGAAACUUACUAUUGCCUUGUGAUUUUCUGACAGCUGAAACAGAGAAAGAUAUGAAAAACAUGGUGGACAAGAAAAGUCAACAGCAGAGUAGAAACAGAAGGAAGCAGAAAGAAUGUGUUGACAAGAAUGGUGACAGCAGCUCUGAUGAUGAAGACAACUGGAGGUUCAUCACCCACCCAAAAGUACAMCUGGAACAAGUUGAAGAUCAGCUGAGGAGAGGUGCAGAGGAUGCUCAAGCGGGUGCAGAACCAGAGGUGGAGUGGGAAGGAGAAGUGGACAGAGAGGAAGAAGAAAUGGCGGCAGAGGAGCACACAUCUGAUAAAGCAGAGGGACAAGAUCCUGUGGAAGCAGUGUCAUCUGAUGAAGCAGACGAGCAAGACUCCGCCGAGGCAGUGUCAUCUGAUGAAGCAGACGAGAGAGGGCUGGAACCUGUUUCAAGACAGUAUCCUUCUAGACAACGACAUCCACCCAAAACACUCACAUACAACAAGCUAGGUCAACCAACAUUUAUGGUUAGGCACAAGUAAUGUUAAGUUCAUAUUGUGGUUAGGUCACAUUGUUCAGUUAUAUGUUCAGGUUAGGUAACUACACAGGACAGAGGGGAUUAGAAUCAUAAGCUUUAAGCAUAUUGAUAGCUGAUUAGUGCACAUUUGGAAUUUGGAAUAAGUUGAUUUAGACUGAUACAUAUGUUUAGCACAUAAUAGCAUAAGUGGGUCUAAAUGAAGGGUUAUGGGGCAGGAACUGAAAGUCAAACUUUACAGUCUGAUACACACAACCUGCAGAGAUGGCAGAGUGACUUUACAGAUAUUACCUGGCCAGUAAUGUCUAUUGUUUCAACAUGACAUGAAGAGGGGGAUAGAUGCCAUGUUAAGAACUGUAUCAUACAGGAAAGUGUAACAAGAGACUGUCUUCCAAACCUGUCUCCAUACCGGCUGAAGACUCAGUUCUCCAGAAAUGUCAUUAUGUCGGGACGACAUUUAUUUUGAGGGGGAGAGUGUGGGGGAUCAGUUGCUGAGGACUUUGGAUCAAGGAACCCCCCACCCCUGUUCCAGUAAAAUAUGAGUCUAUUAUCUGUUUUUAUG